AUGACGACCCCCUCCGCCCCCCUGCCCCGGUCUGUCCUGGGACGUCACCGGCUCCUCGCUCCCACCGCCGGCGUCCAUGUGAGUCCGCUGUGUCUGGGCGGGAUGAAUUUCGGGGAUGCAUGGUCCAGCAUCAUGGGCGAAUGUAGCAAGGAAACGGCGUUUGAGAUCCUGGACUAUUUCUACGAGAUGGGCGGGAAUUUUAUCGACACGGCAAACAACUACCAAGCCGAACAGUCCGAGAUGUGGAUCGGCGAGUGGCUGGCCCUGCACGGCCCCUACCGACGGGACGAGAUGGUCCUCGCGACCAAGUACUCAUCAGCGUACAAGGUCUUCUCGGAGCCUCACCUGCAACAGUCCAACUUCGGGGCGAACAGCACCAAGUCGCUCGUGCUGAGCGUCGAAGCAUCCCUCAAAAAGCUCCGCACGACCUACAUCGACCUGCUGUACGUCCACUACUGGGACUUCACGACCGGCGUGGAGGAGAUGAUGCAGUCGCUGAACCAGCUGGUGCAGAGUGGCAAGGUGCUGUACCUGGGCAUCAGCGACACUCCGGCGUGGAUCGUCGCGAAAGCCAACGCGUAUGCCCGACACCAUGGCCUGCGGCCCUUCAGUGUCUACCAGGGGCGAUGGUCCGCAGCGCAACGAGACUUUGAGCGGGAUAUCAUCCCCAUGUGCCGGGACGAGGGGAUGGGACUCGCGCCCUGGGGCGCCUUGGGGGGUGGCUACUUCAAACCCUCCUCCUCGCAACCAACAACGGAACAACAAGGAGGCGGCGGUGGUGGUCGCAACAUGGCGGCUGUCACGACGGGCAAAGAAGCCCAGGUGUCGCGCGUGCUGGAGAAAGUGGCCAACGCGCGCAAACCCGCGGUGCCGCUGACGUCGAUCGCGCUCGCAUACGUGAUGCACAAGUCACCGUACGUGACGCCCAUCGUGGGCGGACGCAAGCUGUCACACCUGCGCCAGAACAUCGAGGCUCUGACCAUCCGCCUCACGCCCGCCGAAAUUGACGAGAUCGAGUCCGCCUACCCCUUCGACGUGGGAUUUCCCAUGAACUUUAUCAACGGGAACAACCCCAAGGCUGCCAUUCGUGGGCCCGAGGACAUCGCCCUCACCAAGCGCCUGGGUCACUUUGACUUCGUUCAGGGAUCGCAACCCAUCUUGCCGCCGCUCGGGGUGGAGAAGCUGAGCGAGGCCGAGAGGGCGGAGGUGCUGGGGUAUAGACUGUCGUGA